GGCGCAUUUCAGCUGUACGCGAUACACCGGUACUAACAGCACAUUUGCCCCUGAAUUGCACUGCAUUUGUAGACAGCGUACCCUCUCAGCAACACAACGUUCACCCAAACACACGCAUACAGCGUAUCUAGCCUUAGACCGCUCGGCCGUCAGACCCCUCCAAAGAUUAAUCGCAAACAGCGUGCUCAGCCACUACAGAUACCCUCCAUGCAUAAAUAAUGGCCAACGGAGUAUAUGCUAUAAAACAAAUUCUAGGACGGCGUAUCUCGCUGCGCGACGGUGUCUGGUACCUGAUCGAAUGGGAAAACUAUGAUCUCAAAGACAGUACAUGGCAAUGCGACAACGCCGAAACUAACAUCUCGCCUGACUCCAUCAGAGAGUUCGAGCUCAACUGCAACAAGCUGCGCGAGAAGCGGGCCAGGAACGAAAUACAGUACAACAUCGAUAUAUACGAGAACGAGGGGAUCGCGACGCUGAUUGGUGCGGGCUACAGCAUGUUCGCCGGUGGCGAAUCCGCCUUCAUGGACCAUGAUCAGCCAGAGGACUUUUCAUUUAUGCAGGUAUCCGCAGCGACCGAGGCCGAACAAAACAAUGGGCGGCACAAUAGUCACAAGGUCACUGUGGCCACGCACGGAUGGAAUCGCUUGAAGAAUGUGCCAAUGAUGGCAAAGAGGCUGGUCCCUGAAGGCACUGCCAUCUCAGGAAUUUGUGGAAAGCUCGUGGAUACAGCCGGCUAUGUGUACUAUUUGACCCGGUGGAGCGAUGGUGCUAUUACCUGGGAAUACCCAGGUGCAUUCGAGGAGGCCCAGGAUGUGCUGGAAAAGUACGAGCUGGCAAGCUAUGCCAGGAAACGCAAGGACCUGUGCGAGUCACUACGGAGGCCCGAGAUAAGCUAUUUGAGGGACAUGACGCGUAGGAGGAUCGGGUCGCUUGAGGCAAACAGGAACAGGAGCAAGGCCAAGGAGUUGCUGGCGCUGACCAGCGCUGGUCAGAUCGACUCCGACAUAACGGUAGCUAGUUCAGAGCCGCAGUUCCGGCUGGCGCUCGAGUCCAGCAACCUUAUCACCAGCGUAGUGCCUCAGGUGCCGACUGUGGCCAUGGACAUCGAAGCCCAGGCAUCGAAUUUGGCUGCUGCGUUUGAACAAUCGCUGCAUGAGCUCAAUAUUCCAACAGUUGGUGCUACUGCACCUGCAACGUGCGCCCCUGAGGUCUACAUUGGCCAUCCAAAGGGGUCAUUGUUUAGGGAACGCAACUACACAAUUGCAGACCUUGAGAGAUUCAGGCGGCUACGGGCAAAAGCCAAUAAGCUGCUCGCCAGACGCCAGCAGCAACAGCUGCGCUUAUCCAGUCGGCCGCGUGAGCAGCCGUCGACAAUGCGGCAGCUGCGGCGGCGACAGAAACAAUCGGCUGCUCGACGUAUUUUUCACCUCGAUCCUUUUGACGAGGGUGGCAGCGACUUUUCGCCAGACGAGACGGCACAGAACGACCUUGACGAUGAGAUGUCGGUUGCCGGCUUCGACGAAGACGAAGAUGAGGACAAGAUUUCUAUUGCCAGCAUCAUUGGUGCAAGGAACCGCCGUGCAAAACGCAUUGUGGCCGAUAGCGACAGCGACAACUACUCUAUCCCCAUACAUGUCCGUAGCGAGGCUACCUCAAAACGUCCGAUAGACCAGCUGAGCAGCGAUCGGCCCUAUCGAGCCAUGGACGUGCUGUCAAUGUCAACCCAGUAUCAUGUGCCAUGUGUGAUGAGCCUGGUGCAGCAGAAAUACCUGUGCAAGGAAUGCGGGAACCGUUACCAUGCCGACUGCUAUCGGUCGUUGGUCAAGUGGAAGGACAUGUCAUACCGACACUUGGAUUGGGUUCCGUUCGUUUGGCUUUUUGUCAUCAGCAAAGCAACCAAGCUCCGGAUGAUGCGGACAUCAUUCGCCAACGGCGUCUUGCAGCCAAGCGCGAUCAACGACACUUUCAACGAGGAGUACACCGUAGUCGACUAUAUUAUCGGGAUCUGUCCGUGCACUACCAGCAUUGCCAGACAGCGAGAGACCGAGCUGUAUAAGAAGCAGCUGGAUGCGACCGAUCCAAAGUGGCAGCUGUACACGGCAUGCAAGCAGAGUAGCGCAACGUGGGAGGUGCCGCCCUGCCCAUCCGACAACCUGGACGACUUUGAGCUUUGGUCUGCUGCAUACAAUCGGUGGCUGUGCGCAGAGAAGGUGAGCCUGAUCGAGAGCAACAGGCUGAAUGACAUGAAGAGAAAACAGUUCCUCAUUACCCGGCAAGCGAUGCAGACGAUCACAACGCAGCCACAAUACUUUGCUGGCGGCGAGCUGUACCCGUACCAGAUCGAGGGGCUUAACUGGCUCUGGAAGAACUGGCUUGAGCGCAAAUCAUGCAUCCUGGCUGAUGAGAUGGGCCUGGGCAAGACUAUCCAGAUCAUUUCCCUGAUUUUGACAAUCUACAGGUCGUCUAUCCCUGAUGACGUGGAUCGCGACAGGGCUACCACAAGCAACCAUGGCAUGUUUCCAUUCCUGGUCGUCGUCCCCCCCACACUGGUCAACAACUGGAUCAGUGAGUUUAAAAGGUGGGCGCCAGAGCUGGUGGUGGCGCGUCUGACAGGCAUAGCCGGUGCCCGCAAGGUCCAGCUUGAGCGCACCAUAUUCCGCAAAACACGCAGCGACCUGAACUGCCAUGUGGUCGUGGCCAGCUAUGCAGCCUUCAAUGCGCAGGAUAGCCACCGGCUCAAAAACAGCGAGACAAAACUGUACCAGACGCUACUACAGUUCAAAACCAGGCAGCGGGUACUGAUCACUGGAACGCCGUUGCAAAACCGCUUGGGCGAGCUGUUCAACCUGAUGGCGUUUAUUGGAGCGAAGGAGUUCGACAAUGUUGAGAUGCUGGAGGAAAAGUACAAGGAUCCGACGUCAGGCGAUAUUGCUGAGAUUCAGGACAUGAUCCGCCCGUAUUUCUUGCGCCGCAUAAAGGACGAUGUGCUGACGAAACUGCCGCCCAAACGCGAGCUUUUGUUGCCCGUGUCCAUGUCGCAGCUCCAGCGCAAGCUGUACCCCAGGCAGCCGCUUCCGCUGCAGCGCCAGGCGGUGCCGCUGAGGCCACAGUGGCAGCCUGACCCUUCUGGCGCUGCACAUGCUACGCGUUCCCGUGCGACAGUCAGCAACGACAGGCCCAAGGCUGCGGGUAGCUUCUCGCUGAGCAACUUGCUGAUGGAGGUUCGCAAGAUCAUCAGUCACCCGUAUAAUAUCCAGGGCGUGGAGCCGCAGUUUUCCACAGAGGAAGAGACGCAGGCAAACCUGAUCAACAGCUGUGGCAAGCUCAGCCUCCUGCAUGUUCUUCUGACUGAGCUCAAGCAGCGUGGCCACCGCGUGCUUAUCUUUGCACAGUUCAAGGGCACCCUGACGAUCCUUGAGGACUACUUGACUGUCGAAGACAUGCAAUACAAGCGCAUCGAUGGCGACUCGCCAGCGACCGAGCGCCAGACGAUGAUCAACGAGUUUAAUGCGCCAGAUUCGCCGGAUUUUAUCGACCUGCAGGCCAUCGCGCGCGCGCACCGCAUCGGCCAGACGAAGCCCGUGAUGGUGUUCCGUAUAGUCACGCAGGAUUCAGCCGAAGAGCGCAUUGUGGCCAUGGGUAAACGCAAACUGCUGCUGGACCAUCUGGUCAUUCAGCAGCUCAAUGCCAAUACCGAUGACGACGAUUCAGGUUCAUCUCAGGCCAUGUCGACAGGCGAGAUCGAGGCUGCGCUGCGCCACGGCGCGAAGGCUGAUAACGCAGCUAUCGGAUACGACUACGACAAACGGAUCGCCAGCCAGCCGACGAAUAGCACCUUCAGUAUGCCCAGCCCGUGGACCUCCACCAACGACAAGGGCGAAGCAAACAACGGUAUAGCGGAUCUGGCUGACGACAGUGAAGCCGACAUAUGGACAAAGCUUCUGGCCGAAGGUGUUGGCGCCGAGGAACACACCAACGACAUAGAUGAAGGCGAGAUUGUCGGUGGCCGCACGCUACGCACGCGGAAGCACAAAGUCAACUACAGCCUGGCUAGGGACAAUCCGGACACUUCCAGCGAACCCUCUGAGGACGAAGAAGGUGAAAUAUUGCUCGAGCUUUGCGGCGCAAAGAAGAAGUCACGCCAACGCAAGCGGCACAGGAUCUCGGCACCAGCUUUCAUCCGUGUCCCUGUUGCCAGCACUGAGUUUACACAGCUGAUCGUGUGGGCCUCCGAGUCACUAAUGGAUGAGUACGGCAGGUCUAGUGCUGGAGAGCAGAUUACCGAAGCAAACUUCAACACUGUUCAGCAGCUGUUCUACCGUAUUUCCAAGUCGGCCAACUUCCACAUUGCCGACAUUCCAGGCGAUGGCUCGCCAUGCCUAUUUGUCAGGCCGGUAUCAGGCAUACAGCUACGGCCCGGCGACUUUGCUGCGUGGUAUCUGAUCCAGUACACGUGGUUUGUGCUGAUCCACCCGCGUGGCCUGUUCAUCCAUGCGCAGAAUCUGGCAGCAACCAAGCGCUAUAGCCAGGAUUUGCGCCCUGUGCUGUGCACAAUGCGCGAAAACGCUGAAGGCAGCACGGAUUUGCUGUUGAUUAGUGGACCAAAACCCUGCCACGACUGGCGCCAGCUCGAGCCGAUGGCAGCCAUGGAGAGUAUGCGCAAGGCCAAGGAGUACAAAAGGUUUUUUGCCGGUCUUGCGGCGAAAAGCAGAAGGUAUGCGGAUGAGAAGUCAGAGACAGAUAUCGCCAAACUGCACGAGUCAGUGGCUGACUUGCGUAGGCAGAUCGAGUGGACUGUCCGGGGAAUUCGCGAUGUCGAGUCGGACGUGUUGAAUAGCGCAUCGCUGAAGGAGCAGCUGUCGUUUGAAUACCUGCAAUCUUUUGACUCGGCCUCUACAGAUGUGGCAUCAAAUCUGAGGUUCGAGGUGAAAGGGAUCCUGGAGAUGCUUGAGAUUAUCGAUUCUAGGGUCAAGAUCCUCCAGCCGUGCUUGCAGAGCUGCAAUCGUGUACUUUAA